CCGGGGGCUCGUCGCGGAGGCGGGGAAGGCGUCCGCUUCCCUAAAGGGUCGCCGGGCUGGGACGAAGGCGGCGCGGGCGGCAGCCCCGGCCCGGCCGGCAUGGCCUGCUGCCACAAAGUCAUGCUGCUGCUGGACACCGCGGGCGGCGCGGAGCGUCCCGGCCGCGUCCGGCGCGCCGCCCUGCGCCUGCUCAUCUACCUCAGCUGCCGCUUCGGCCUGGCCAGGGUCCACUGGGCCUUCAAGUUCUUCGACUCGCAGGGGGCGCGGGGCCGGCCGUCCCGCGGCCGCGGCUUCCGCGAGCUGGGCGUCCGCUCGUGGCAGGUCUUUGAGGAGGAGCUGGAGGCCCGGCUCGGGGAGCGCGGCCGCGGCGGUGCCCACCUGCCGGGCCCGGCGCCCAGGGCCAGCCACACGCACGGCGCGCUGCUGGAGGCGCUGCUGGAGGACGAGUGGGAGCGGCCCGAGAUCACGUCGCCCACCAAGCCGGUGCUGCGGAGCAGCGGCCGCAGGCUGCUGGACGUGGAGGGCGAGCCGCGCGGGGCGGCGGGGGCGGCGGCGGCCGCGCUGCUCGGGGGUCGCGGGAACGCCGUCUUCCUGCUGGCUCCCUGCCCGCACUCGCGCCGCGAGCUGCUGCAGUUCGUGGGCGGCAGCGAGGCCCCGGGCCCGCGGCAGCUGACGGACAGGCUGCUGCCCCGCAGGGUCCAGGAGGUCCUGAUCGCCCGGAAGAUCACGCUGUACUGGGUGGACACCACCGAGGGCCCGGAGCUGUGGAAAUGCCCAGACCACUUUGGGUACUGGACCAUGCGUGAGCUGCUCCACCACGGAGGAGGCACUGUCCUGCUGUCUGAGACAUUCAGCUGGGAUUUUCCUAAAGCUGGGGAGGCGCUGUCAAGGGAACCUCACCUCUCUCCAUGGAUCUCCACCCUACCAGCAGAGGCCACUUUGAACCACCUGCUGUACAAUUCUCCCGAGUAUGAAGCCUCAUUUCCACGGAUGAAGGGAACAUUGUUUCUCCCUGUGGAAGGCCAAGAGAGUCAAGCAACAUGGACCGUCACCCUGGAGCCCUUGGCAAUGCAUCAGAGACAUUUUCAAACACCAGUGAGAAUUUUUGUGCAAGGUUCAGUGGCCCAGUGGUCCCUCCCAGCAAGCAGCACUUUGGGCACCGACAGCUGGAUGUUACAGAGCCCAGAGGAGCACGUGUCCACCCCGAGGCUGUUUCAGCAGUUGGUGAGCAGGCUGACAGCCGAGGAGCUGCAUUUGGUUGUCACCGUGGACCCUGGGGAAGGUUGGCCCCCGAUCACUGGAGUUAUUUCCCCGCUGUCUACCAGUACUACAGUUCUCACCGUGUUCCGCGCUGAGGAGGCUGUAUUUCGGAGUCAUUCUUUCCCAACAGCUGUGGCCCAGGGCACCCAUGAUGCAACUUCCCUUUUCUCAGAUGUUGUGGAUGAUAUACUGAAUCAGAUCGAUCAUUCACUAGUUGAUCCUGCUCCUUCUGCUCCUCCUGCUCCAGAGUGGGCCCAGCAGGAGCUUGGCCGCACCACUGCCUGGAAUCCUACCAUUGUGGAGAAUUGGUUUCCUUUCUCAAACACCAGUGGUGCCAGUUCAACUUUGAUGGAAUCAUUCUGGUUGUUACAAGCUGCCUCGGCUAAUAAAGAAUCCUCCAAAACUGAGAGUGAAUUAACCCAGGGCCUCUCGGAGGUCUAUCAGAGGAAAUGCCGUGAAGAAUCUGCUGCAGCUAAUCAAGACGACAGCAGAAAGAAACGCGGCAUUCCUCGCACUCCAGUGAGGCAGAAGAUGAACGCCAUGUGCCGUUCCUUGAAGAUGGUGAAUGUUGCCAGGCUCAAUGUGAAGGCUCAGAAGUUACACCCGGAUGACAGCCCAGAAGUGCCUGGGGACAAGGGAGUCCCGAGGGUAACCAGUGGAAAAGCAGCAGAUACACUGGAAGACCGAGGAAGGACAUUAAGAAGUUCUAAACCAAAAGAUUUUAAAACUGAGGAUGAGCUACUGACUUACAUACAUGAAAACUACCAAAAGACUGUGACCACAGGAGAAAGCACAUUGUGGUCAUGUGCUCGAAACAUAAUCUCCAUCAUUAAGGAGUUCCUUAAAUCCAAAGACACCAAGGACUUAGAAGUAAACUGUCUGAAUCUAAUAAAAAGUAACUUCUUGAAAACCAGCAAAAGUCUUCGACAGAAUGUAGGGAAAAAGCUGGAUAAGGAAGAAAAAGUCAGAGAGUGCCAGCUCCAGGUGUUCCUUCGUUUAGAGUUGUGUGUGCAGUGCCCUUCCAUAUGUGAGAGUCUUGAGGACGUGGAGUACAUGGAGGAGGAGGUGACAGACCUGCUGCGCUUGUUGUAUCUCACGGAGGACUCUGCAUACUUAGCCAACUUUCUGGAAGAAAUUUUGAGAUUGUAUAUUGACUCUAUCCCAAAGACACUAGGAAAUCUUUACAACAGCCUUGGGUUUAUGAUUCCUCAGAAGCUGGCUCGUGUCCUUCCUACAGAUUUUUUCAGUGAUGACUCCAUGACACAAGAAAUCCAAUCACCACUUCGUUCUUUGCCUCUUCUGGCAAGUGUUCAUCCAUCAGUGUCGGGCAGCACUGAGUCAGACCAGUUAGAGGAGCUGCGAACCAGAUCAGCCAAGAAGAGAAGGAAAAAUGCAUUAAUAAGACAUAAAAGCAUUGCAGAGGUUUCACAGAAUCUUCGACAAAUUGAAAUUCCCAAAAUGUCCAAGAGAGCUACAAAAAAUGAGAACACAUGUGCUGACCUUCAGCAGCCUCCGCAGACAAGGAAGGAUACAGGACAAGAAGUGACCAAGGUUCGAAGAAAUCUCUUCAACCAGGAAAUGCUUUCUCCCUCAAAGAGGUCUCUGAAGCGGGGAUUGCCCAGAAGCCAUUCUGUGUCUGUUGUGGACGGUCUGGGGGAUAAAGUGGACAGAAAGACCAAAGGUUAUCACAAAUUGCUGACCAAGAGUGUGGCUGAGACUCCAGUACAUAAGCAGAUCUCCAGAAGGCUGCUGCACAGACAGAUCAAGGGCAGGGCCUCUGAUCCUGGUCCCGAUAUUGAUGUUGUUGAAGAGUCACCUGAAAAAGGAGAAGAGCUAAAUUUGAGAAGGAGUCCUCGAAUCAAGCAGUUGUCAUUUAGCAGGACAAAUUCUGGAUCCUUCUAUUCUGUGUCUCAACCAAAGUCUCGAAGCAUACAGAGAGUCCACUCGUUUCAGCAAGGCCAAAGAGAAGAUUCUCCAGUCCAAAGUAUUCGAUCUCCCAAAAGGCUUCUUUUUGGGGCAGUGUCUGAGGUGUUCAGAUCAUCGUCAGAAAAGUGCCCAGCCAGAACUCGUAGGUCUUCAGGAAACGUGACUGGGUCUGAGAUGCCUGCGGCUUACCAGACUCCCAAAAAGAGAUACCAGAAGUCUCCUAGAUUUGCCAAAACUACACCUAGAAGAUUCCCACGCACACCACAGACUCCUCCAUGUGCUCCUGAGGGACUGCAAACGCCGCCUGCAGAAAAAACGCCUGCAAAGCAAGCUAUUGCUCAGAAGGCCCCUGGAGAGUCCCCACGUGGCUGUGGUCCCUGGAGGUCCAGAGGGGCUGCUCCGGAAGCAGCCUCCUGUCUGGAAGUACAAUCACCAAGAACACCCGUGAGGCCAGGCACUCAGCCCAGCUGUACUUGGCCACAUUUCGUGACUUCCAGUCCCGAGAGUGCCCCCCAUCCAGCAUCCCCAACUCCAUCCAGCACCCCGCCCAGAAGCUCCUAUGUAACCCCCAGCAGACCCUCUUUCAGAAUACCGCAGAGGGCAGCUGCCUGUGUGGACUUACCUCAGACCCCAAAACACAGCCCCGGAUCAUCUCACUUGGGGGAAACAGUGCAAAGCCCAAGGGACAGCACUGUCAGCACCCCAGAGGGGUUAUCGAAGGCAGCCACAGAUUCUUCCCCACCCGUUACUCCACAGAAACAGUUCCACUUGCCUUUCCGGGAUGGUUCCCAGAAGAGUCUAUUUAGGAAAACUACAGCAUCUCCUUCCCCUGGAGAAUGGGACCAGAAGGAGCUCCCAGCCUGGCCGUCCUCUUCUGGCCUCUUGACUCCUCCCAGAGCCUCCCAGGCAACUGCCUCUAACAUCCCAGCUCCCCAACCCUCUGACACUGGGAGGCAGUGCUGGAAGACCUCCCUACAGGGAGACUCCCUGCAGGGCCAGCCUGCUGUCCACACAGCCCCUGGGGUGGGCAUGCACUCCCUGGCAGCCGUCACAGACUUGAGAAGGGGCCAGAAGGGAGUGAGGCUCUGUCCUCAGUCUCCGUCUAUGGGACAGAGUUCUCCGGGCGGUGGCUUUGGGAGUGGCUGGCCCAGGUCCUCCAGCAACACAGAGUGUCUCUCCCUGGAGGAAGCUGAUUGUCAUGGCAGUGGUGGCUUGCAGAGUGUUGCCUCCUCAGGGCAGGAAGGUGAGGGGCUGCAGACCUCAGCAGCUGACGAGAGGCCACAUGUAUCGGACCCUGGGGCUCCUCCAGCUCUCCCUUCCUCUGGACCCUGCUCUCCUCUGACAUCAUCCUAUGGCCUGCGUUGCACAGCCGACCGGCGGCAGCGCCAAGCCGCAGCACAUGAGGAGCAGCCGCAGGCCUCAGUUAAGCAUCUGGAAGCCGCUGCCAGCCCACGGGCCUUCGAGGUGGAGCUGGAGAUGCAAGCUUCCGGCCUUCCAAAGCUUCGGAUUAAGAAGAUGGAGCCUGGCUGUUUGUUGGAAGCUGAGUCCCUGAGAAAGGAAGAGAGUGCUCUGGGAGAGGAGAGCUCAGGCCCCAGUGUGCCCAGGACCAGCAGGUCCUCUCACAAGCCCGAGUCCACCUACAUGUCCCCACCUUGCCUCCGACCCUCGCACAGCACACCUGGCAAGGGCGGGGGCCAAACCUACAUCUGCCAGUCCUGUACCCCCACCCACUGCCCCUCUAGCACUCCCUCCCCAUUUCAAACCGAUGUCGGGGUUCCUUGGACACCAUCCCCCAAGCACAGUGGGAAGACCACUCCUGACACAAUUAAGGACUGGCCCCGAAGGAAAAGGGCAGUGGACUGCAGCACUGGUCCCUCAGCUGGCAGGAGUGAGGUUGGCGCAGAAAUUCCUGGGGGCCUGCUACUACCUGAACCCGAAGGAAAGGGGCGGGGUGUUGAACUCAGCCCACACAGGACUUCCAUCUUGGGGGACUUUGAGCUCGAGGGAGUGUGUCAGCUGCCAGACCAGUCGCCCCCCGGGGACAGUAUGCCCAAGGCUGAGGAAGCUGCCUCCUGGGGACAAUUUGGGCUGGGUUCCAGGAAGAGACUCCUGUCUGCUGAGGAAGAAGUGGAGUAUGAAACCAAGAGAAUCUGUGCUGGCUCCCGAGGAGACUCCGUGUUGGGCCAGCAUGAAGAGAGGUCUCCGGCCUGCAGUGGGCGACCACUGCCCUCCACAGGGGAUGAUGAAGUAUUUGUUUCUGGCUCCACCCCCCCUCGCGGCUACACUACGCGCAGCUGCCUCUCUGCCAGUGGUCUCCAGGCCCUGACCCAGUCUCCACUGCUCUUCCAGGGGAAAACACCAUCCUCUCAGGCCAGAGACACCAGAGAUGAGGACUCAGACGUGUUUCUCUCCACUGCCGAAGACUCUCCCUUCAGCCAAGCACUCUCCCGGAGACGCCCCAUCGGCAGAACUUACACACGGAAGAAGCUCAUUAGCUAGCUAGAGACGAGUCUGGUUGGAGGACCUGGGACUGCAGACACUACAGAACUUGACCGGAGCCAUGCUCUGAGCGUGAUUUUUCCAGACAUGUUGGGGACCCACACUCAUACCACAAAGGAACCCUAACAGUUUAUCCAGAAACAGUAGUAACCAGGGCUUCAUCAAACAGAAAGCUCAAAGGACGAGGAGAA